GCCAACAUUGACCGGCAGCAGCAGUAGCGAAUUUCCUGCUGCCUUUAGUCGUCGGGCAUGUGUAUACUUUCUGUGCAUAUUUAAAGGUUUUCGUCACUGCUUUUCAGUCUUUUGCUCACUGGCGCUCUCCUGCGUGAUAUGGCCGUGUGUUUCCGAGCACUCAAGGGUUCUUUAAACAGUGCGUUGGGGACUGUGAAGACUAGCAACAUCAGGUCCCAUACCGGUCUUCUGACCCUGACUGCUACAACGCCAUGCAAUUGCUAUGUAACCCUAACCUCUAGCCAAGGCACGAAGGUCAUUGCAAAGCAUGCUGCUGUGUUGCCUCAAGUCCUGGGAGGCACUUCCCUCCAGAGCACAUGCCGCAGUUCCAGUAUGUGCCUCCCUGCUGCACAUUCACUGCCUGAGGUCGUCACAAACGAUGUCAUUGCUCCAGAACUUGUCAACCGGGAGGAACAGGCCCCUUUCACAUUUUUUGAACUCCGAAGUGGGGACGAUGCGACAAAAUCUUCAGGCGUAGUUUGCAGAGUGCAUACGACGGUCUUGUCAGGAUAUUUAGAUGCCUACCCAUACAAGGUGUACUGCUUUGAUGUGGACCGGCGGGUGGCAGCAGAGAUGGCACUAUCUGAUUAUGAGCGAGAGGUGUUGCAGUUUGCGGGCACAUCAGUUGCUCUGAAAGGGGCACGCAAUAAUGAGCAGCUACCAGAUCCUGGUCGUGCGACUGAGGAACAGCUAAAGCGGAUAUCACGGGCCCUAGCUGGCCACUUGCCUCGUUUUUUCACUGAGCCACACAUCUACAGCUUGUACAACAGGAACAUUGUCUUCAGGAACAACAUUCGUGGCAUCACCACAAGGGGAAUUACAGGCUAUGUGCAGCAAAUGGCACUGGUUCGCAUCCUGGGUCACCUACGGUAUGCACAUGUGCAACUGGAAGUUCUCAAAAUGACAACUCACAAGGAGGACAGCACAGUUCGUAUACGCUGGCGCAUUGUGGGCGUAUCAGGCUUGCGUGCCCUGUUCAUGUUCUGGAAGUUCCGAAUUUGGGAGUGGCAGAAGAUGAUCUCUCAGGAGGCUGAGUGGACGGAUGGUUUUUCGGUGCUUAAAGUAGGAUCUGAUGGACUUAUAUACGAGCACAUUUGUGACAAGAUGAUGCCUGACGAAGAGCUAGAAGAGGCGAAGCCAUCUAAUGUGGCCAUCAAGCUUGCUUUGUUGUUGGGCCUGACACCACAAUCGUUCAGCUUUGGAUCUCCGACAGUCAUGUCCUCGAGUGAGAACAGCCUGCUUUAGUGCUGAAGCUGACACUCUUGCUUCUCCUCUUCUCCCACACAUUUUGUGUGUGCAGUGUACAUAGCUUUAGGAACACAAGUCAAGACCUUUAUCGGCCUUUACAAUUUUGUCUCGCCUUCCUGCCACAUUACAGGCAGUAUACUGUUACAAAAGAGUGUGGCUUAAUGGCUUUUGCAACGGGAAGGAUGAGUAAAGUUAUCGUGUGAGAGCAAUCCCUGUGAGUAGUAGUGCCUAGAGAAGGAUGUUUGCUAUUGAACUUGGUUCAACUCCUGUAGAUUGCAGCAAUGCUUUUGACAUAGCAGCUUGGAAUUGCAUAGUGUAAAAUGAUUAAGCAAGAACUUAGGAGGUGUUCUUGAUAGUGUUUUUGACAGCACACAUUGUACAUGCAUGAAAGGAUUAUUUAUCAUAGCUGUCUGCCUGUGCUCGUCUUUUUGCGCUGUGUAACUUCAAAUGUGAUGCUUGACAAAUGAUGUCAAUCUGUUUUAUCUUCACUCCCAAAAAUGCUGUUCACUAUGUGAUCUUCAUAUAAAUGGCAAUUUCUUUGAUGGAAGUACAAGUUGCACUAUCUGCUAACUUGAGAAAAGUCAUACUGGUUGGGCAUGGUUCUAAAGUUGCUUCCAGGUUGCAGCUUACUAAGGAAGCUUGUAUUCAGUGGUGUGUCCACUAGUUAUUUGUGCUGCUCUUUUAUUGUUGUUGAGUGUUGUUUAUUAUCGGUUACAGUAAAGGGCGACAUAAUUUGAACAGCACUUAUUUUUCAGAAAUGCAAAGGUUGUGCACUUGUGCUCAUCAUGCUAAAGUUGGUGCACAUAGCCUUUUACAAGGGAGUGCUGUAGUGAGCCACUUGUAGUCUGUUUGCUUCUAGGUUUUUGUUUCCAGUGCCAUGUCUGAACAAUUGUUUUCUGCAUAGCUUAAUCUGUGUACAGAGCAAGCUUUAAAGUGCUUUUAAGCUACGCAGAAGCUGCAUCAAGUUCUUGAACUCCUACUUACAAGGUGUGGACAUACUUAUGUGCUAAGCAUGUUAUGUGCAACUUGGAUCACAAAGCAGACUAUGAGGUGUUUACAUUACGUUCCAACAGUUGUGAUUGUCCAGCAAAUGAGAGAGUUGCAACAGUGUAUAUGAAAUCAAGUAAAAUGGCUCAUGGGCACAGUCUCGACAUUGUCCUUCCCAAUUUUAACUUUUACAGGUAAUGCAACACAGCUGGUUUUACAUACUGAUGUGUAGAAGUGGCUACCUGCAAUAGCAUUAUGUAAUGUGUAAGGAUGUGUCAAGUGUACUCACUGAGAUUCACUACCAAAGUGUUGUACCUACCUUGCACGUGCUUUGCUGUGAACCACUUGAGCCAUCAUAAGCUUUGCCAGGCCAGCUUAGACAAAAUUAGCUCUGUUGCAACAGUCUCCCGUGUUGCUUUCCACCAUGAAACCAUUUUGCUUUAAAUUCUGGGUUUUACUGUUAAUUUGAAAUUCAUUGUGAGACACUGGAGCAUGUGAUGGCUGCACUGAGUUUAGGCACAUAGAGUAGAUCUGUGCUUUUUGAGAACAAUGUGUAAGCACAGUAGUGGCAAGGUGUUGCAAUAGUGUUAGCAUGGUGCAACCAGAAUUGCACUGUAAGCAUUGUUGAGAAGUGCAGCAUUGUACAAGCUUUUGAUGAGCUAUGCUUCUGAGCGUUAUCUAUUCUGUCCAUCACAUGUGCCGUGGUUUCUAUUAUGUCCUUGUGGAGAGCUCAAAGCCAAUGUUAAAGAGCUUUUAAAAACAUUAUCUGCACAAAGUCGCAGCCCCGCACUUGUAUUCGGUAGCUUCUUAUGGAAGGGUUGUUAAUGCAAAAGCUCUCAUGUUGCAAUUUUUGUGGUUAUUAGAAUUAACAUUCUUGAGGUCACCAGUUUAAGAAAGCAGUUUGCAUUAAAUUUGAAAGCAUGCUUCUAAUAACGUGCAAUACCCUUCCUCCUCCCUUAUGCAUGUUAAAAAAAAAAAAACGAGCUCAACCACUGGGUGUCUGAGCUGUGCAGAAAAACUGCAGGUGCAUCAGUUUGAAGAGUAAGGUGCAUGUCUGCAAUUAAGCAGGAGUGCCACGAAGCGUAAAGGGAGUGACAGAAGUAGUCUGCAGUGGCCUGGUCUACCACUGUAAUGAGCAGCAUCUGCUCCCCAUUGUUGAAUCAAACACCCUGUUCCACACAUCUGGCUCUUCUGGACAAUGCUUAGCAGUUCAGCACAGUGUGAUAGAUGUACUGCAAUGUAUGUAACCCAUGGCCCAGCGCAAGUGUUGAUGUUGCACAGGUAUGCAUUGCAGUAGCAAGUUGUGUGUCACAGUAUGCUAAUACAGUCAAUUUGAACCCAUUGCUUGCAGUCGCAUUACACAUUGUUUUUGUUUUGUCAUGCUUUUUACAUAAUUGUCUGAAUUGUCAUUGGUUGUGUUCAAGUUUGCAGUACAUUUCUAAAAACAGUAAACUUAAGGUGGUCAAACAUGAUCAGGAGCCCAUAGCUACAUCUCCCAUACCAGCACCAUGCUUAAAACUGUGCUUGUAUACAAAGCAUCUGUAUCUACGUGUUCAAUUGCACGUAGUGUGAAACAAAAAAAUAGUGUGCGCUACUUUUUCUUUUUUUUAUUGAAAUAAAAAUAAAAGAGAGACGUAGUCACCUGAUAAUGGUGACUGCUACUCCUUUUCUCAUAGCGGAAACAACAAUAUAAAAAAAAAUCUAAGAAAUCACUUCAUACGGUCAGAAAUCCACAGCACACUUUUUUUAUUCCUGUAGUGCCUUUUGGCAUCUAUUUGUGGUGUAGAAAUUGAUAUGCAUAAUACCUAAAAACAUUUCUGGAAUAGUGUAAUGUUGCAGUGUGCAGUGUCUCCAGCGUAUUUCAAUAUGUAUAAAAAUUCUGCUGUGUAUGUCUGACAUUUCUAAACGCAGUGUCUCAUUGACUUUCUUUUUUGCUUUCUCUCUAAAUGCACUGUUAAUGGGUAAGUUGCUGCAGUUUAUCUUGUAAGUAAUUUCUCAACAGAAUUAAAAGUUUUGCUUCCGAGUUUUAAAAAAUGUAUCCUUGGUGGCUGACAGACUGCUUAUGCUACAUUGCAUGCCCGCCUGAACAGUUGUGUAACCAUGGCAAACUUGCAGGCAUUAUUGGGAGGCUUUAAUGUAUGGAAAUGGCUUUGGCUCACUAUUUGCGCAAUACUGUCACCUGCAUGUUUUUUUUUUUCUGCUAAAUUUGCUUAUGAUUAAAUAAGACAUCACUUUGUGACGAGUUGCAUACAGCUUAUUAUAUGUAGUGUUGUUCAUUUGUAUAAUUUUGUGAACUUCUUAAAGUGACUUAAAUUGUACAUACAUAUGGAGCAUUUAGCUGCUAUCCUUCACGUAAAUGAAGGCACAGUAACACUUUUACUGUUUGGAUGAUUUACUUGAGGUCGCUCAGCAGAAAUUGUGUAUGGUACUUGUGAGAAAGGUUGCUGUAAUGAUGUCUGAAGUGAAAAAUCAUUGUCCCAUAAGCCCCUCACCCAGAGAAUUGCAAUAUUUACUCUUUACAAAUUAGAUGCUGCAUCCAUUCGUGUAAUCCUCUCAUGAUGAUUGGGUGGGCUGGAGAAGUGUUUAGUGAAAAUGUGCUGCAGUGAGUGAGUGCUAGUCUAAGCUCCAGCCUGUUUAUAGCUCAUAAUGCAGUGCACAGUCUAGUUUGAUAAUUAGUGGUCCUAUAGUGCCACAUUGGGGUGCACUUGGCAUGAACAUGUUCCUUUACUACGAGUGCAUAUGUGCAUGCUCUUGUUUAGAAUAUAAAGUGCUGCUUCCUGUUGUAGCCGGUGAAAUAAGUUGCCACAGCGGUUAUACUUGUUGCGCUUUACUGUCUACACCACUCUCAAGUUCCAGAAAUAAGUGUUGGCUACAGUACACUUGUUUCUUGCUGUAAGGAUUUCAGGAGUGUGUUGUUGCAUUUUUUAAAAUUCGAACAUGAUUAAAUCUGUAGUACAUCCUUUGGUAGUAGUUGUGGAAAGUUCUGUUGCAUGAAUAAAACUUAUUUUUCAGUGCUUCA